AUGGCGCAGCUCAGCCCAGCCACCAAGCCUCUAGCAGGAAUGCUGGCGUCCCUGAUGCUGCGACAGGUGGGUGGUGGAACGGUGGGCUCUCUUGCAACCCUCCCCUCCGUCCCCUGCAUACGCCAUUUCCAUGCUCCCCAUCACAGUGUGGAUCACAAUCUCCUCCACCUAACUUCCACCUCUCCCCCUCUUUUGCAUCCCUCCCCUCCUUCCCCUGCAGUGUGCCAUUGCCAUUUCCACUGUAAUCACAGUGUGGAUCACAGUCUUCCUACUGCAACUCUCAAGCCUCCCAAACCUCUACUCCCCCACUACCUCUCCCCUCCUUCCCCUGCAGUAUGCCAUUGCUAUGCUCCCCAUCACAGUGUGAAUCACAGUCUCCUCCACCUAACUUCCACCUCUCCCCCUCUCUUGCAAAACCCCCCAUCUCCCCUCCCUCUCCUCCUCUCUUGCAAAACUCCCCACCUCCCCUCCCUCUCCCCCUCUCUUGCAACCCUUCCCCCUGCAGUACGCCAUUGCCAUGCUCCCAAUCACAGUGUGGAUCACGGUCUUCCCAGGGCAACCCACAUGCUAUAUCAAAAUCCACCCCCCCCCCCCCCCCCUCCCCCCCCUCCCCUCUCUUGCAUCCCUCCCCUCCAUCCCCUGCAGUACGCCAUUGCCAUGCUCCCAAUCACAGUGUGGAUCACGGUCUUCCUCUCGCGACUCAACAUGGCCAUAUGA